AUGGUCCGCCUAGAUAGAGCACUAUGCAAUAACCAUUGGAUUACUUCUAAACCCAACACACUAGUGAUGCACCUUCCACGGAUACAGAGCGAUCACAGGCCUAUCCUUAUAAAGGCGAAUGGUGAAAAACAAAUUGGGCCAGCCCCCUUUCGUUUCCUUGCUUCCUGGACAUUGCAUUCAGACUUCAGCAGACUGGUGGAACGGAACUGGAAUAACGAGCUAGUGCUUGCAGACAAUAUUGAAAAUUUUAGAAAAAAGGCUCAGAAUUGGAACAUGGAAGUUUUUGGGAUGAUUGGCAAGCAAAAACGGACUUUACAGCGUCGCCUGGCAGGUGUCCAGAAGGCCCUCGAAAGUAACCCCCUAUCAUCCCACCUUCUCGACCUUGAAUUCUCCCUGGUGACGGAAUAUGAAAAUAUAUGCUUACGGGAGGAGCUCCUCUGGGUGCAAAAAUCAAGAAGUCAAUGGAUACAGAAUGGAGACCGGAAUACCCAUUACUACCAUAUGAAAGCGGUUAUCCGUCGAAGGGGAAAAAAGAUCGCCAUGUUGAAAACAGGAGAAGGGACCUGGGAAGCAGAUCAGGAAACACUCCGCUCCCUCGCAAACUCGCCGGUUACAAAGGAGGAAACCAAAAAAGCCCUUUUCGAUAUGCAUCCCCUUAAAUCACCUGGAGUGGAUGGCCUCCACGCAAUGUUCUUCCAAACUCAAUGGAACAUUGUUGGAGACUCAGUUUUCAAGGAAAUUAAAACUAUCUUUGAAGGGGGCGACAUCGACCACAGAUUUAAUCAAACACUGAUUGCACUCAUUCCGAAGGUGGAGUAUCCUCAAUCAAUUAAGGAAUUCAGGCCUAUCAGUUUAUGCACUACUGUGUACAAGAUUGUUACGAAGAUAUUGGCUACUAGACUUAAGCACAUCAUGCCGGUCCUCACACUCCCCUACCAAUCCAGUUUCAUCCAUGGAAGAAGCAUCACAGACAAUAUAAUAAUUGCUCAGGAAGUUGUACAUUCCAUGAGAACGAAGACGGGUAAGGUUGGCUGGAUGGCCAUCAAGGUUGACCUAGAAAAAGCCUUUGACCGGCUGCGCUGGGACUUCAUUCUAGAUACACUCCAGGAUGCAAGGCUGCCCAGCUCGAUGAUAACAUUAAUAAUGAAAUGCAUAUCCUCCUCCUCUAUGCAAGUGCUAUGGAAUGGGAGACCUUCUGAGCCCUUCUCCCCCCAACGAGGCAUUAGACAAGGGGACCCACUUUCCCCAUAUAUAUUCGUCCUCUGCAUGGAAAGAUUAUCGCAGGCUAUUGAUUUGGAAGUGAAUCAUGGCAAUUGGCAACCGAUUCAGCUUGGGAAAGAAGGACCCCCGUUGUCCCAUCUUUUUUUCGCUGAUGACCUAAUUCUUUUCUGCUCUACUAAACCCUCGCAGGUGAACCUUGUGCAAAGACUGCUCCAAGAUUUCUGCGUUUCUUCAGGUCACAAAUACAUCAUUGACAAGGUUCAACACAAGCUCUCGGGAUGGAAAGCUAGCUCACUCUCCCUAGCUGGCAGAAUAACCCUUGCUCAAUCAGUCUUGUCAUCAAUCCCUCUCUACACUAUGCAAACUACCCGACUCCCUGCUUCAAUCUGUGAUAAACUCCAAUUGCUGACUAGGAAAUUUAUAUGGGGGGAUACAGCGAGCAGAAGAAGCACCCGACUCGUGAAGUGGGAAACCAUGUGCCAACCAAAGAUGUGUGGCGGGUGCGGUCUUAAGGACAUCAAAAAGCAGAAUGAAGCUUUCCUCAUGAAGCUAGCUUACACUUUCAUUAGCCAACAGGACCUGCUUUGGGUCAAAGUCAUGAAGGCAAAAUAUAACUGGGCAACCGGGUUACACCACAAAAUUAAGACUCGGAACGUCUCUCAUCUAUGGAGAUGCCUUAAUGCAACCUGGGGUGACCUCUCUCUGGGCGUCAAAUGGAGCCUUGGUAAUGGCAAACUUAUUAGAUUCUGGUCCGAUCACUGGGUAGGCGAUUUGGGACCUUUAAAACUUCUAGCUUUCAGCCCCAUAUCUGCGGAGGACUUGGAUAAAGCCAUUGUUGACUACAUCGAUAAUUCCGGAAAUUGGAGGAGCACCGAGUUCUCCAACAAGCUUCCUUCAAACAUAGUCACUCAGGUGCUUAAUUCUAAACCCCCUUCAGACGACGCUGAACCUGAUAAAUGUCACUGGAACCUCACAAACAGAAAGGAAUUCACUGUAAGCUCAGCCUAUAGACUCCUUAAAGAAGAAGACUGGUCUGAAGAAAGCAACACAUGGGAGUCUGUCUGGAAGUGGCCUGGUCCACAGAGGAUAAGGACUUUUCUCUGGCUUGCUCUCAAUGAUAAGCUCCUCACUAACUGCGAAAGAGUGCGGAGGCAUAUGGCUUCAAGUAACUCUUGUGAAAUAUGUGAUAACGGACCUGAAGAUCUGAAUCAUGUCCUUAGACUUUGCAACGUCGCCCAAUCCUGCUGGAAGAUGCUCAUUCCACGUUCGGAACUACAUCGCUUUAGUACCCAACCACUAAAAGAUUGGUUCAUAACGAACCUCAGGAAAGACGAGCGCAAACCUUCCUGGAACAUUUUGUUUGCAAUCUUAUGCUGA